CGUGAUUACGCUGUGCAUGUCUCUUUCCGUACUUUUCCCACAACCCCUCGCAUUCUCAUAACACUGAGAUACUGUUGAGCAAAAGUGGAUUUUUAGGUUCUGCUGUGGUUUUCCUGUGCACGUAAGUUAAGGAAACGUUGAAGAUUAUAGGUUGGCAAUAUUGUGGUGUUCCUUUCUUGUAACUGAUGGAGGGCAAAGAUAUGGGUGUGAUGACACCAGGGAUGCCUCUUUUCAGUCCAAUGAUGCCGUAUGGCACAGGACUGACACCACAACCUGUAACCAGCACAACAAACACCUUAUCUCUUUUAGAAGAACAGCAGCGGCAACAGCAAGCAGCAGCAGCUCAGCAGACAUUGUCACAGCAGAUUGUAACAGCUCCAACUGGGCAGACACCACAACUUUUUAAUUCACAGACUAUUACCACAACUGCUUUACCUGGGAUUACUCCCCACUAUCAUUCACCAAUGACCCCAAUGACCCCAGUAACUCCUGCAACUCCUGCCUCUGAAAGCUCUGGGAUUGUACCACAGCUGCAGAAUAUAGUGUCCACUGUGAAUUUGGGUUGCAAGUUGGACUUAAAAACAAUUGCACUGCGUGCCAGAAAUGCUGAAUACAAUCCCAAGCGUUUUGCAGCUGUUAUUAUGAGAAUAAGAGAACCAAGAACAACUGCACUUAUCUUCAGUUCUGGAAAAAUGGUUUGCACUGGAGCUAAAAGUGAGGAGCAAUCCAGGCUUGCAGCAAGAAAGUAUGCCCGGGUUGUGCAGAAAUUAGGAUUCCCAGCCAAGUUCUUGGAUUUUAAAAUUCAAAAUAUGGUGGGCAGCUGUGAUGUGAAGUUUCCAAUCAGACUAGAAGGACUUGUACUUACCCACCAGCAGUUUAGCAGUUAUGAACCAGAAUUGUUUCCUGGUCUAAUCUACAGAAUGAUCAAGCCUAGAAUUGUCUUGCUCAUUUUUGUGAGUGGAAAAGUAGUGUUAACAGGUGCUAAAGUCCGAGCAGAAAUUUACGAAGCAUUUGAAAACAUAUAUCCUAUAUUGAAAGGGUUCCGAAAAACAACAUAGCAUCUUAAAUCUGGAUUGUUUAGUACUGUGUAUAUAUUGGUACCUUUUGAGACUGUUCAGCGUGAAGACAAAAUUUGAAAAUACCACAUGGUGGUUGAAUACCUUUGUAGGACAUUUCCAGCUGCCACCACUUUUCUUCAGAUAAAUUAUUACUUCACAAGCAUUUUUUCCAACCCACUUUUUAUGGGUUACUUUUCCAGAUAUUAGUUACCAAACCAUGUUCUCUUAUUUAUGGACAUUUUAGUUUUUUAAAAAGAGCCUUUUAAUUGAAUUGUAAUUUUAAACUUUGUUUUAUGUCAUAUUUUAGCAUGCAGACAUGUCUGUUUUAAUGAGAAACAUUAUUUUAGAAUAACAUCUGUUCUGGACAGUGUUCAAGAAUGCUAGAUACACUGCAUUUUUUCAGUUUUUAUAUGAUGUUUGUAUAAUAUUGGCUUACACAGUAGUAUCUUUAUGUUCAGAAUUUGGUAAAGAUAUUUGUACAGAGAUGUAAACUGAAUCCUUAUGUACAUAACUUAAAAUUUCACUGUCAGCAUUGUUUAGCAUGUAAAUGAAAAAUUCCUGUUCAUGAAGCAUUAACAGUAAAUGCUAACAUUUUAACUGUA